AUGGUGAGUCGAUUGCACUGUGAGAGUGAAUCGUUCAAGAUGGAUCUCAUUUUGGACAUCAAUAUCCAACUCUAUCCAAUGGAAUUGGGGGACAAGUUUCGCCUGGUGUUGGCUUCAACACUUCGUGAAGAUGGAUAUCCAGAUGGAGGUGAAUGGAAUCCCAGUGAACAGACUGGACCUUCCAGAGCAGAUUCCUUUGAAUAUGUGAUGUAUGGAACAAUCUAUCGAAUAGAAGGAGAUGAAGAUCGUCUUGGGGAGCCUGCUUCAAGGCUGGUCCGUUUAAGAAAAGAGUUAGAAAAGAUUUAG